AUUCUAUUGUUUCUAUGAGAUGAAAAUAUUAUAUCGCAAAUGGAAAUACAAGCUACACCUUAAGUAUUUGAAGUACUCAAGUGAUGAUGAACGACUGCAACAUGUUCCUGAAGGAUUGACUGUGGAUACUUGGAAGGAAAUGUUCAAAGUUUUUGCUAAUGAGGACUUUCAGGCCUUAUGUUCCACCAAUACAAAUAAUCGUGCUAGUCAAAGAAUUAUUGCUUCAACUGGUCCCGCUCCAUUUGCACAAGUAGAGUAUGAUAUGAUGGAUGAGGAGAUUGGUGAAGUACCGUAUGCUUCUGAAGUCUGGAUGGCUACACAUGGGUUCUUGGAUGAGCAAGGCCAAACACAAUGGCAUGAUCCAGAAUCAUCAAGGAUAUAUGAAGAGAUGCAAAGGAUUGAGAAACAAACAACAAAUGAUAAUGAGACUGGUCCUACUCCAGAUGAUGUCUUAAAAGAGGUGUUUGGCAUUAGAUCUGGCUAUGUCCGUGGUAAAGGAUUAGGAUACAAAGCAAGCACUAGAGGAAUGUCAUGUGAUUCUAGAAAUGAGGAAUUAAAUGAAUUGAGAGAUGAGGUAGCAAGGUUGAAUGCUCGUUUGAAGGAACAAGAACAAUGCAAUAAUGAGAUAGCACAACUAAAUGCUUGACUCAAGGAACAAGAAGAGCGCAAUUUGGAGUUUUUUAAAAGAUUUGAGAGUGUGAUAGGAUACAAAUCAUCAGAAAGUUAGGAUA